UCCUAUAUAAGCACGUGUGGAAUCGCGCUUAUGUGCAGAUCAGUCCCAGGUUCUGAUCCAAAAGUAACGAAAACUCAUCGUCAUGUUUAGUCUGGUGGUUAUUACCGUCCUGGCGAGCAUCGUCUCGGUGCAAUGUGGAACCAUUCUCACGCCCGUCGUCGGCAAGCUCGUAUCCGAAAGGGUCGUCGAGUCUCAUGGCAACAACGUGGUGCACGCGUCCGCGCCCUUAGUGGCUACGGCGCCCGCGUUGCUCAAGUACGCGGACGUAGCGGUGUUACAGCCGCAGCCGGCGGUAGUAGCCAAAGCCGCCCUGGUUGCCGAAAAGACGAUCGAGGCACACGGACACCACAUCGUCCACAACGCGCAACCGCUGGCGGCCGUCGAGUCGCAUGUCGCGAUACCCGCGAUCGCCGCUCGCGAAAUAACGUACGCGUCGCCGGUCUAUUACUCGGCGUAUCCACAUCAGCUGGUCGCCGAGAAGACCGUGUCCAGUUACGGACACAGUAUUCAACAUAUCGCGUGAUGGCCGAGCCAAAGUUUUUUACUCGGUGACUUUCUAAAGAGCAGCUAUGAAUUUAUAGAACUCUGUUUCGGAACAAAAUCGUAGUGCCGCUUUUAGAAUAAUUCUAAAAAAGAAACAAUUGUUUUCAAUCUAUUUUUUUUAUUUAAAAAAGUCACAUGGAAAUUAAUAAGAUUAGUAAGUUUGAAAAUCUUUGCGUGCUCUUUAGAGAGAAAAGGCUAUACGUUAUUUGACCUUCGGCUUUCGCAAUUGGAAAAUCGCUGUCACUCAACCGACAAUUGUUAUCGAUCACGGUUUCGACAAUCAUCACACGAUAACGUUGCGUCUUCGUAGAUCACUUUGGAAACUGUCGCAAGUUCAGGAGAUUUGCGCGAUGAUCCACGUUGUACAAAAAGGCGGAACGGAACCGGCAGUCUUGACCUGGGAAAGAGGCCGGUCAGCCGCGCUUUCAUCGACAUUUCACACAAAAGAGAUCAAAGAAUUCAAUGUAAAUCCUUUAAUAAAGUCUCGUACAUUCCUAUAUCUGUAUUUGAUAUUUGAAGAAAUAAACUUUACGAGUCAUAUCUCGUGCAAAAAGCUCA